AUGGAUAUGGGCAUGGACAUGAACGUGGAAGAAUCCAACCCAAAUCCCGGCUCGUACGCGCCAACGUACUUUACACACCCUGAACAUCGCGGUCUUAUAUAUACGCACAUUGCGCUCAUGACGCUUGGGUGGCUCGUGGUACUGCCAAUAGCUGUCAUGUUUUCGUUGGCUCGUUCACGGUACACUUUACCCACUCAAUUUGUGUUCCUGGCUACGAAUGCGCUAGCCUUGCUUCUGGGUAUCAGCUACGAUGCGCAAACACCAGACCUCUAUCCUAACAAUGCUCACCACAAGAUUGGUUGGAUCGCAACCUGGAUCGUUUCUGCCCAGGUUCUCGUCAGUCUUGUAGGCCGUGUAGCAGGCGUCGUGAAAGGCGGUGAUGGCUCUCGGAAGCACGGUACCGAAGAACAACAGGCGUUUAUCCCUGUCUCCACUGAAAACAUGGCGGAGCAUCAGCGCAUAAAUGAGGCUAUCAACCUGCACAAAUUCAGACACUCAUAUGAUAGCGGGCAGGGUACCGAGCCUAAUACCGAGUCUCUGAGGACUAGUUCCGCCUCAAACUCGUCCGGUCAUCAAUCUCCAACGAGUAUGGAAGAACGCCAUAUAGAUUAUGAUGAGGACGACGAACUGGAGCUAAAACCCGUUGAGCUGAACCCUGUCAGAUCUCAAAGUAAACCGCUCAUCGCAAAGAUUGUUGGAAAGAUAUCCAACAGGACUUGGAAGUUCCUCCUUUUCGGCUACAAUGCGGUAGAUAGAACCAUCCUCAUCCUUGGCUAUAUUGCAUUCGCUACAGGCAUCGUCACCUGGGCCCGUUUCUUUGAGGGCCAUGCUAUUUUCACUGGUUUAGCUCACUGGAUUAAAGGCAGUGUGUUCGUUUGGUAUGGUCUACUUACGCUUGGAAGAUGGUGCGGUAGUUUUGGCGACCUUGGUUGGGCUUGGAACGUUAGACCGAAGCAAAAAUCCCAGAAAUGGAAGCCAUCCGCCGAAUUUGUUGAGGGUGCCCUGAUCUUCUUUUAUGGAUCCACAAAUAUCUUUCUCGAACAUUUAGGCAACUCUAGCGCAGGCGUCUCGGAGUUCAGUCCGCAGGAUCUUGAGCAUAUUUCGAUUACGGUUUUGUUCAUUGGUGGUGGUCUCCUCGCCAUGCUUAUCGAGUCGACCAAUAUCCGUGAGCUUUUGAAUACCACCGUUUCAGAAGCAGCUCUUGCACAGCCCGCCCAUUCCUACAAUGAUGAGGAACGUGAGGCGCUACAACCACCCAAGCAGUACGAAUUUUCGAUAAAUCCGAUCCCGGCUUUGGUGAUUCUACUGCUAGGUAUCAUGAUGAGUUCGCAUACUCAGGCAUCCAUGAUAUCCAGCAUGGUUCACAAGCAAUGGGGUAACAUGCUCACUGGUGCUUCCUUUGCCCGUGGCUUUACCUAUGUGUUGAUGUAUCUACGUCCUCCCCGCUCGAUCCUGCCGUCCCGUCCCCCAACCGAGCUUCUCACAGCAUUUGGACUGAUUGCUGGUGGUAUUAUUUUCUGUGCAAGUUCCGGUGACACCAUCGAAGGUAUGGUUCAUUAUGACCUUGAUGCCAUGUUCUUUUACACAGUCACAAUGGGCUUUGUUGGCCUCUUGAUGGCCUGGGUUGUGCUCUUGCUGGCACUCAAAGGCUGGGCUAUUCGCCGCGAAUCUGGCAAGGCGCCAAUUGGAUGGAGCGCAUCUGCACGAGUUUAA